GCGGAAGAUAACUCGUCCUACGGUUGUGUGAGUGAGUGCACAGGCGCGCGCGCGUGUGUAAACCGCGUAGAAGCGCGAGCCACGCCGCCAGAGAGGGGUUCCCCUAACCGACGGUACGCACGGAGCACGGAGGCAGGCGGAGGCUGUUUGUGCGUUUAAGCACGAAAAACAAACAACAAGGAAGUGCUGCAGAUGACCGACGGGAUACCGAAAGCCAGCCGGAGCUGCGCUUCAACUUUCUGAAAGUGAAAUGACCAGAUUUCAAGGUUAACGUGAAGCGGCGUCUCAUCGUGCGCCCUCAGGACGGAUUUAGCUCUCCAAUGCCAAAAGAGUGCAGGAGAAAAACCUCCAAGGACUUCGGUCUUCCCAGAAUAAGCGACGGCUCUCGUUUGGAGCGAAGAGCAGCUGGGAGGUCCUCUCAGAUUUGCGAUGAGCUCCUUCAGAAUGCCGCUCAGAUCGCCCCGUCGUCCGGAGCGCCGACUGUGAUGGAUGCGCCCCGGGUGCCGCAGGUCACCAUCACCCCAGAGGGAGGCGGCUGCUCCCGGGAGAUGCAGCAGGAGGACUGGGAUGAUGCGGUGGACGUUACCCUGCGCAGGAAACUGUCCAACUCCUCCAUCUCGUCCACGGGGUCCUCAGCUGUGGAGUCCGAGGAUGACUUACUCAGCGACAACGAGAGCAAGAGCAAAGGCAUCAUCACUUUGGAGCCUCUGACGGACACUGCAGAAAGCAAACCGUGGUGCAAGAUAAAGACAAUCGUCUACUGGUCCUUCAGUGCUACCCAGAGGAGAAAACUAAACUGGGUUCAGCUCGCCGGGCAUAAAGGCAACUUCAAAGCAGCAGAUGAGGGCACCAUUCUGAAGAAGUUCUCAGAGAAUGAGAUGCAGUGUUUUGAGAAGCUGAGGGACGACGCGCUGCUCCCGUUCGUGCCCGGUUACCAUGGCGUUGUGGAAAAAGAUGGGGAGUCUUUCCUCCAUAUGACUGACCUGCUGUCAAAAUUUGACCUUCCUAAUGUAAUGGACUGCAAGAUGGGCGUGAGGACGUACUUGGAGGAGGAGCUUGUGCGAGCAAGGGAGCGACCCAAGCCGAGGGAGGACCUGUACAAAAAAAUGGUGGAGGUGGACAGCGAAGGGCCCACUCCCCAGGAGCAUUCCCAAAGGGGUGUCACCAAGCCCCGCUACAUGCAGUGGAGGGAGACCAUGAGCUCCACGCACAACCUGGGCUUCAGGAUAGAAGGGACCAAGAAGUGUGACGGUACAUGUCGGACUGACUUCAAGAAAACCAGAUCGAAGCAGGAUGUCAUCAACGUGUUCAAGGACUUUGUCGGAGGGGACGUCAACAUCACGAAAUCGUACUUGACCAGGCUGACAGAGAUCCGGCAAGCCCUGAAGACUUCAGAGUUCUUCAAGCGACACGAGGUCAUUGGCAGCUCUCUCCUCUUCAUCCACGACCACACGGGCAAUGCACAAGUCUGGAUUAUUGACUUUGGCAAGACAACAGCAUUACCAGAGGGCCAGAUGUUAAACCAUGACGUGCCCUGGGAGGAGGGCAACCGGGAGGAUGGUUACCUGUGGGGGCUCGAUAACCUAAUCCACACACUGGAGUGUGUAGCCAACGAAGAGACAGGCGAAGAAACCUGCUGCUCCGUUACCAAAGAAAACAGUAGAUAAUUAUGGCCUGUGAUCUUUGACUUAUAAAUGGGUAUGAGGAACUAUUUUAAGACCAUUUGGGUGGUUUUAUAUUUGUUGAUUUGCUUUGGGUGAUCUGUUUCUGAGCACAAACAUGCUACAUCAGAAAAUGUGAAGCAACAAUGCUCCCAGGCUCUGGCUUUCACAAUCCAAGUGACCAUAUUUAGUACUGACACUGACAGAAAAGACACAGUGGACCAGAGAGAAGCAGAGAACUGGUCACUAGUUACUGAAUGAUUGAGCAAAUGCACUGACACUAAUCCAACUUCCUGCUAAAUGAACAGAAGUGAAAGUGUAGGGAUUCAGCAUUUCAGUUGCGGGGACAGGGCGUACCACGCCAAGAAAACUCUCACGAAAUCCAAAUGAAAUCAUGGAGGUGUUGAGUAAGUAAAGGUCUUUACACCAUACGCACAUCAGCUUUGAGUGUAACAUUCAAAGGGGAAUUCUGUUCAGUAAACUCUGACUGUGUCACCGACCUCGCAUCCAUGGAACUACACGACAUCACAACACAUUACCCGUUAUAUAUCGCUGCAAACUGAUUUGACUGUAAUGUGUGAAUCACUGUUCUGCAAAAAAACUUAUGUCUUAUAUUGUAUAUCAACGUAUGUCUCUGUAAAAGAGUUUAUUCUUUUAAUCAAAUUUGUAAUUAUUACAUUUUCUUGUGCUGUAACAAGACUUGACGCUGCACUGUUUGUUAUUGUAGCACAUUUUACGGUGUGGAUCAUUAUAACAUAUGAAAAGAAUGAAGAUGUAAUUAAAACGGGGGUAAAAUGUUC